UUUUAAUCUUUUUUUUCGAUUGUUUUGAAUCAUUAGUUUGAAUUUCCGGAAUUUCAUCUUCUUUUCAUCGUUCAAAUGUCAAAUUUGAAGUGAAAAGAAACCAAUUACAAAAUGUUGUCACCAACAAAGAAAACAUUUUCAUUUAUCCCUGAAAAUUGUCAUUUAUCCACCACCACCACGACGACGACGACGACCACAAACACCACUACCGAAACAAUGGAUUAUAAUGUCAAUUUGAAUAUUAAUGCUUCAUCAUCAUUAUCAUCAGAAAAUUCAACAUUACCAGACAUUGAUAAUGGAGGGAAUUCAAUCAAACAAUCCGAUCCUGAAACGUUGACAUCAUUACCACCUUCAUUAUUUAAUGACAACAGUAGCAGUAACAACAACAUCAAUGAUAAUGAUGAUGAUAUGUCUUCAUUUUCAUCCGAACUUUCAUUCAAAUCAACCGUUGAUGAUCCAUCUUUAUUGUAUACGAAUGAAAAUAGUAAUGUUAUUCACUUGCAUGAUAAUAAUAGUAAUGAUGAGAAUGAUAAUGAAAAUUCUGUUGAAAUCCAACAACGUACAGUGACAACGGAUACAAAUGUUGAAAUUAAUAUUGUUGAUAAUCUAAUGGCUAUUUAUGUACCAGAAUUGAAGGAUCAUUGGAAUUAUCAUCGAAAAUCUAAAUCAGCUUCAUCAUAUAUGGAUCAUAUGUUUAAUGUCAAUAAGAGUGGCCAACAAAUGAAAUUUGUCGAUAUGAAUGUUGACGGUGAUAAUGAUGAUGGUGAUAAUGUUAUUAUUGAAAAUGUGACAACAAUUCCUGAUGACCUUGUUACACUUGAAUCAUUACAUAAUGAAAAUGAUGUUGAAAUCAAAAUCAACAAUGAAAAUGAUCAAAAGGAUGAUGAUGAUUGUCAAAUUAUAGAAUCAAAUGUAAAUUUGGAUAAAAAUUCAACAAAUACUAUGAAUAAUAAUAAUAUUCAAUCUGAAGAAUGUGUGGGAAAAGAUCUUGAAGCAAUUAUACAUGAUCUUGAUGAAUUCUAUGCAGAAUUAUUCAAUGAUAAAAGUUUUGGUGAAAAUUGUGGAAAAAUUUACACCACCGAUGAUGAAAUGGAUGACGAUGAUGAUGAAGAUGAGGAAAAUUCAAUUCAAGAUGACGAUGGUGAUUAUGACGCUGAUCCAUGUAUCGAUUAUAGCAGUAGCAACAACGAAAAUGAUGAUCAACGUGAAAUUCUUCCGAAUUUAAAACAUGAAUCUUCCAAUGACUGUUUUAUGCUUGCCAAUAAUGAUAAUGAAUGUGAUUUGUCACAAACUAAUAAUAAGAAUUCAAACACAGUGAACAAUAUUGCUGGUGAAUCAAUAACAGAAACUACUGAAUCGGAACAAGAAAUAGAACAACAACAGAAACUAAAACAACAACAACAGCAACAACAACAACAACAAGAUGAGAUUCAAUUAUUAUAUUCAGCAUCAUAUGAUUGUUUAGAUAAUUUUCCAAUCGGUUGUGGUACACAUCCUGAAUUAGAUUAUACAAGUCAUUAUUCAUUUCUAGAUGAUGUUGCCGAUCAACAGGAUGAUGAAAUUGAUGACCUGUUGACAUUGAUUAAUCCUGAAUGUAUAUUAACCGAAGAGGAAGAGAAUCGUAUUGCCGAAGAAACAAGAAUUAAACGAAAAUGUAUUGCUGAAAUUGUAAUUGGUGAACAACAUUGUGAAAAGAAUAAAAGAAAUCCAACUUAUGAACAACAAUUAAAAGUGAAUAAUCAAAAAAACCAGCCAUUUAAUCCAUUUGAACAAUUUGGCUCAAAAUCAUCUAAUAUUCAGGUAAUAACACCGUCAUCGAUUGUUGUGAAAGAUGAAUAUUCAAAAAAUUCGUCAUCUAAACCAAGUCCAUCUGUGACAACAUUAAAAACUGUACCGAUAACAACAACAGCAGUAACAGCAACAACGACAACUUCGUUAUCGUCCACUAACAGUGACAUCGUUCAAUAUAAUAAUAAUAAUAAUCAUAAUCAUAGUAAUCGAUCCUUGUUAUCAAUAUCUCAAUCCUCCUCUACUUCUUCGACAACUAGUGGCAAUCAUCAUCUUCAUUAUCAUCAGCCACCACAACCACAAUCAAAUAAAAACUCACUGACUCAACAAUUAUCUUCGUCUUUGUCGUCAACGUCGUGCACAACAUUUUCUAAUGAUAGUGUCUCAGUUGCUGUUUCGUCGAACAAUACGAUUGAAGAAAAAAAAGAAGAAGAAGGUUCAACUUUGAUCCAAUCGCAGUCGAUAUUUACACCAUCAUCAUCCAUAUCGUCACCAACAACAUCAUCAUCGUCAUUGUCAGUGUCGUCUAGUUGCGUUGUAAAAAUCAUCGACCAACCGUCACCUAACGCUCCGUUAGGAAUUUCUGCAUCAAAUUUAAAUAAUAAAAAAUUUGCUCUAGUUCCUGUUUCAACAACAACCACAACCGGAACAACAAAACCAUCAGUCAUAUCGAUUUUACCUGAUUUGGAUAAUAAAUUACAGAGUGUAUCGAUUGUAGCCAAUAAUUCUCAUACACAACGAUCAAUUAUAAAUAGAUUAACACCAAAUUCGCUUAUUCAUCAGUCUCAAUCUUCAACCACAGCCGUUAAUUCGAGCUCUUCACAACCGUCGACAUUUUCAUCAUCAACAUCGACAGUUGACACGAAAAUCACAUCGACGACCAAUAUUUCAUCACCUUUAACAUCAUCAUCAUCGUCAUCAUCAUCAUCAACAUCAGCAACAACAACAACAACAACAACAUCCGGAACUGGCAUUAAAACACAUCCAUUUGUAAUCAAAUACCGUAAACCUAAUGGUACGAUGGCCACAACUUUAGCAUUGAUGCUUGGUAGUAAAUCUGAUUCUACAAGUGGUACUAGUCCUACGUCUGGUAAUCAAAACACAUCAAAACAAAUGAAUCAUACACAGAACAAAUCACAAGGUGUUGAUUUAACCACUAUGUUCAACACUGCCGUACUAGCCGGAUCAUUAAAUCAUUCCAUAUUGGAAAGUGAAAGUGGAGAUAAUGGCAAUACAUUUAUUGAAAAUGCUGCUGCUGAUGCCGACCGAUAUGUACGGGAAACAAUAGAGCCAUCAUCAUUAUCGUCAACAGCAUUUACCAAUCAACGUGUCCAACAGAUGGCGAUACCUCCAUAUCUAUCAAAUGUAUCAAUAGGAAAAACCGGAAAUGCCGCCGGUAUAGAAUAUCCACAAGUAAGAGAUUUAUCACGUCCAUUAUCACCAAAUUCGGCGAGUGCAUUUUUUGCUGCCGCUGCUGCUGUUUCCGAGAUUGAUGCCAUCAAAUUUGAACGUGAAUGUGUAAAUUGCGGUACACAAAGUACAAGCCAAUGGAGAACAAAUGGAAAUGGACAUUAUCUAUGUAAUGCUUGUGGAUUAUAUAAGAAAUAUAAUGGUGAAGAUAGACCACCGGCCAGUAUUCAACAACCUCGUAAAAGAACCAAUCAACAACCGAAACAAUGUUCGAAUUGUGGGACGUUAACAUCAUCAAUGUGGCGUCGUACAGCCAAUAAACAAGUGGCCUGUAAUGCUUGUGGCCUUUAUUAUAAACUUUAUGGUGUCAAUCGUCCAGUCGAGAUGCGUAAAGAUAUUGUCUAUCCACGAAAUCGUUAUUCAAAAUUAACUGGUAAUUCAAAGACUGGUAAUAAAAAUUCCGGUAUCACUAUCGGCAAUGUUGGUGGUACUUCUAUGCUGAAAUCAUCAUCACCAUUUCAUCAAACCGUCAAUGGCCAUCAUCCUAAUUAUUCAAUGCUUAAACAUCCGAAUAAUUUUGUAGGCAAUCUUCAACAAUUUAAUCAGACUAAAUUGCAAACAGAAAUGCAACAGAAUCCUAAAGUUUUCAUGAUCUCUGGCGGUAAUAAUAAUGAAAAUGAAAAUUCAAACAAAAACAGUCAUUCAUCCGAUCAGCCAAUCUCUCUGAUCAACAAACAACAACAACCUAGUGCCUUUCAUAAUCAUUCACCAUCCAUUGUUGAUAAUCAUAAUAAAAGUGGCGAUAGUCCAACUAAUGUCAUAAACUCGAUGGUUAAACAAAUAUCAAACGCACAAAAUUUGAUCAAAUCAUCGAAUAAUUUAGCUGAUGUGAAAUCAGAUGAUUCAUCUGAUACAAUUCAUCAUCAAAAUUAUGGUGAUAAUUCUCAGCAUGAUGAUGAUCCAUCAUCAUCUAUUGAACCACCAUCUCAACCUCAGAUCAAAUCCGAACAGAAUAGCGAUGAUGAUGAUGAUGAUGUUGAUGAACAAGAAUUGACAAUCAGCGAUGAACAAUCUGGAGAAAUUGCAUCAUCACAUCUUGACAAUAACAACGGUCAUUCCAAUGAUGAUAAUAGUGAUAAUAAUCAUCAAAAUCUUACUGCGUUAGCGCCGUUUCAACGGUUAUUUGAAUUGUCAGCAAUGAAUGCCAACAAUCCUGUUGCUGCCCAAACACAAACAGCUUUGAUGUCAGCAAUUCUUCAAUCCGGAUCGUUUCCAUUAGAUCCCACCUCUUUACAAUCAAUGUUCUGUAAUCCAGCUUUAGCAGCCAUGUUACAAGCAUUUAAUUUGAAUGGAUUAUUGAAUCAAACGAACCAAUCGAAUGGUGAUACAAAUGUGAAUAUUGUAGGCAAUAAAAAUGGUGAAAGUGAUGAUUGUUCUUCAUCGAAUGGUCAUAAAUCACCGACCGAUCAUACACAACAUGAAUGUGCUAAUUGUGGUGCAUUGGGCAGUAUGACUCAAUUGAAACGUUAUGGAUCAUUAUCUCAUUAUCUUUGUGGUCGAUGUGCUAAUCAAAGAAAAUCUUCCGAUUCAACAAACAGUUCUCAUUCAGGGCGAAAGCAGUCGAAACCUCGCGAUGUUCAAUGCACUAAUUGUGGUGUUACACAAUCUAGUGAAUGGCGGCGAAAUGUUCGUGGUGAGAUUGUUUGUAAUGCUUGUGGCCUUUAUUAUAAACUACAUAAUCGUGAUCGACCGAUACAUAUGCGUAGAGAUUUUAUUGCCCACCGUAAACGUACACCAAAUCAUAAUUUCAAAAAUAAAAAAGCCGAAAAUGAAUCUAGCCAACAAAAUCAAAAUAUUUCAGAUAUGAAAACGAGUGAUGGUAAAGAAUCUAAUGAUUUAAUUUCGGCAAACACUAUUCGAAUAAUGACCGAUGGACAGUCAAAAAUGUCUUCGUUUUUGGCAAAUUCCACAAUCGACAAUGAUGAUGACCAACAGCUUACACCAUCAAACCAAAAUGAAAUGAGUGACUAUUAUUCUGAAACUGAAAAUACCAAUGAUAAUGAUUCUCAAUCAUCGGAAACGAAUCAAUGUUCAUCGAAACGUAUCCGUUCAGAUGAUGAUUUUGAUGAAUCAAUGUCAGCCAAUUCUCCUUGUGCAAGUGUAGCAUCAACAUCUUCAAUUGAAACUGAAAAUACUACAAGCUCUGGUCAUAGCACAAAGAAACGAAAACAAAGCAAUCCUAAAAAAUAUGUUAAAGAAAAUAUGACAUGUUUAGCUGAUCAGCUACAAUCGGCUGACCAAAUAAAUGACAAUUCUCAGCCUGAUUUUAUUUCUCAAACGGAUGAAAAAUAAAAUUCUAAUGUUUCAUUUCCAAAA